UAAACCCACUGCCAGUUGAUCUUCUGAAAUCCUUGAAGGAGCAAAAUAACCAGCAGGGAAUCAUUAACAGCACUACAAUGAGUAGGGAGAUACGCAUAGUUUUGGUUGGUAAAACAGGUGUUGGCAAGAGUGCUACAGGAAAUACCAUUCUUGGUGAAAAGAUAUUUGUGUCAGAGUCAAGAGCUACAUCAAUCACUAAACAGUGUGCAUAUGCAUCACAGAUGGUAAACAGAAGGCAGAUUUGUGUUGUGGACACUCCAGGUCUAUAUGACACAAAACUGCCCAAUGAAGAAGUCUUAAAUGAGAUUGUGAAAUGCCUGAGAUAUGCUGCUCCAGGUCCUCAUGUCUUUCUUCUUGUAAUGGCCAUUGGGCGCUUCACUGAGGAAGAGAGAAACACUGUUGAAAUGAUUCACUCAGUCUUUGGCCAAGCAGUGCUCAGCCACAUGAUGGUCUUGUUCACCAGAGCAGAUGAUCUUGAUGAUGUGAGAUUUGAGGAUUACAUUAAGGAGGCACCAGAGCUACAACAAGUGAUAAAUACAUGCGGUGAGAAUUACCAUUUAUUCAACAACAAGAAAACAAAUCGCACACAAGUUGAUGAGUUCAUGAGGAAGAUUGAAGCCAUGAUAAAACAGAAUGAUAACAGCUUCUACAGCCACAACUUGUUUACAAUGGCAAAUGAACUCAACAAUGCUCAAAGAAACCAUGAGGGAAAAGGACAAGAUUAUUGCUGACCUUAAAAGGAAAUAAAAGCAUUACAAAAAGAAACAAAUAAAAGUUGCAGCAUAAUGUAGUAUUUCAUACAAUAUAAAUGUGGCAGAAGAUAUACAAUAAAUGUCAUAUUCUAACAACUAAUGAUUAUAUUAAUCUUUCUGUUAUGAUUGUUUUUUAAACAUACAUGUACACUUUAUUAAUUGUUUUAUUUACCCUGUUGAAAAUGUACCGAUAAUCUGCUUAAUUUAUAGGAAUUUGAUUGGAGUUAGAAGUUUACUGACUCUUACUGCUGCUGUAUUAUUAUUUUUUAGCAUUUUAACCACUGAUCUUUUAAAUAUGCUUGUUUUGCCAUUUUUA